AAAUUAGCCUUUGUUUUCUUGUUUUCCUCAGAUUUGAACGAGUGUUCAAGUGAAUCACCAGCGUGCGACAUCAACGCAGCGUGCCUCAACACAGUGGGUUCAUUUUCAUGUGCCUGUAAUGGAGGAUACAUUGGAGAUGGCAAGAUUUGCCGAGAUCAAGAUGAAUGCUUAACAGACCGUGGAGGCUGUUCAGAGAAAGCAGAGUGUAUUAAUACACAGGGGUCUUACUACUGCCAAUGUUAUGAUGGUUAUUUUGGUGAUGGAACGACCUGCGAAGACAUCGACGAAUGCGCUUUACCUGGAGCUAAUAACUGUAAUUUUUACUCACGAUGUAACAACACGGAAGGAUCGUUCUCCUGCACAUGUAAUCGAGGCUACACUGGGGAUGGCUUCACUUGUUCAGAUCUUGAUGAAUGUACUGUGGGUACACACAACUGUGGUGAAAAUUCUAAUUGCAUCAAUGAUAUCGGUUCAUACUACUGUGACUGCAAGACCGGUUUCUUCGGUGAUGGUGAAAUUUGCGAAGAUAUUGACGAAUGUUUUGACGGUCUGUUAUGCGACAUCAACGCGGACUGUGAGAACACAGCAGGUUCCUUCAAUUGUUCAUGCAAGAAAGGUUAUACCGGGGAUGGAGAAACAUGCGAAGAUGUCGACGAAUGUGACACUAAUCAGAAUGAAUGUCAUACCAAUGCCAUCUGCACGAAUACUGACAGCAGUUAUGUUUGCCGCUGCUUAAAAGGUUAUCAAGGAGAUGGUCGGAUAUGUGAAGAUGUCGACGAAUGCGUUGAUGGUUCGGCCGAUUGUGGGACUGGAGCUGAGUGCAUUAACUUAAAUGGGACCUAUGAAUGCCAAUGCCUGCUGGGAUACCAGAAAUCUGGGAACAACUGUACAGAUAUCAAUGAAUGUGAAUCACCAGAGUCCAACAGUUGCGACAUCAACGCUCUGUGUACAAAUACAGAAGGCUCAUAUGUAUGCCGCUGCAAAAGGGGAUACGAAGGAGAUGGAACGAUUUGUAAAGACGUUGAUGAAUGUGCAUCAGGGUCGGCAGAAUGCGGGCCUGGAGCUGACUGUUUUAACCUAAAUGGAAGUUUUGCUUGUCAAUGCCGAGUUGGAUUUGAGAAGAUUGGUAACAACUGCACAGACAUUGAUGAAUGUGAAUCCGCCGUGUCCAACAAUUGCAAUGUAAACGCACUCUGCACAAACACAGAAGGCUCGUAUGUCUGUCGCUGCCAGAGAGGAUACGAAGGAGAUGGAAUCCUUUGCAACGACGUAGACGAAUGCGUUGCCGGCACAGCUGAGUGUGGGACUGGAGCUGAGUGUGCUAACUUAAACGGAAGCUUUGCUUGUCGAUGUCUGGCGGGAUUUCAGAAGUCUGGGAACGACUGUACAGAUAUUGAUGAAUGUGAAUCACUAGAGUCUAACGAUUGCGAUGCCAACGCGAUGUGUACAAAUACAGAGGGCUCAUAUGUCUGUCGCUGCAGAAGAGGAUACGAAGGAGAUGGAAGGUUCUGCUUAGAUGUCGACGAAUGUUCUGUUGACAUAGCCGCAUGUGGGACUGGAUCUGAAUGUGUUAAUUUAAACGGAACUUUUUCUUGUCAAUGCCUGGUGGGAUUUGAAAAGACUGGAAGCAACUGUACAGAUAAAGACGAAUGCGAGUCUCCAGAAUCAAACAAUUGCGAUGUAAACGCGCUCUGUACAAAUACAGAAGGCUCGUAUGUCUGUCGCUGCAGGAGUGGAUACGAAGGAGAUGGAAUCCUUUGCGAAGACAUUGACGAGUGUGCAUCAUCAGACUCCAACAAUUGCGAUGUAAAUGCACUGUGUACAAAUACAGAAGGCUCGUAUGUCUGUCGCUGCAAGAGGCGAUACGAAGGAGAUGGAUUAUACUGCAACGUGUCCGUUCCAACUCUUGUCUGUGAUCCCGAGUGUGACGUGAACGCUGAAUGCAAAGACUUUUCUGGUACUGCUGGCUGCAUGUGUAAGGCAGGAUUUGACGGCGACGGAGUAACUUGUACAGAUGUUGACGAAUGCGAUUCUCCAGGCGCAAAUCAAUGCCACGAAAAUGCGAUGUGUACAAAUACCGAAGGCUCUUAUGUUUGCCGUUGCAAGAAAGGAUUUCAGGGAAAUGGAUUUACAUGUACACCGAAAGUGCCUCCAUUUGUCUGCAAUCCCAAGUGUGAUGAUAACGCUGACUGCAAAAACUUCACCGGUACUCCUAGCUGCAUGUGCAAGGCGGGCUUUGAUGGGGACGGUAUCACUUGCACAGAUUUUGACGAAUGCAGUUCUUCAGGUGGUAAUCAAUGUCAUCAAGAUGCAAUGUGCACAAAUACAGAAGGCUCUUACGUCUGCCGCUGUAAAAAAGGAUUUGUAGGCAAUGGAUUCUCGUGUGCACGGGAAGAGCCCUCUUUUAUCUGCGAUCCCCAAUGUGACGUCAACGCUGAUUGCAAGAACUUUACUGGAACCCCAGAAUGCAUGUGCAAGGCGGGAUUUGAUGGAAGUGGAAUUACAUGCACGGAUGUUGAUGAAUGUUCCCUUCCUGGUGGUAGUGUAUGUGACCCCGACGCUCUGUGUACAAACACUGAAGGAUCCUACAUCUGCCGCUGUUUACGAGGUUUUGAAGGAGAUGGCAGAAACUGUACAGAUGUUGAUGAAUGCGCAAGUUCUGACGGAAAUACCUGUGACGUGGAUGCAAUGUGUACCAACACUGAGGGCUCUUACGUUUGUCGCUGCCUAAGAGGCUUUACUGGAGACGGAAAGUCUUGUAGUGCUGUUGACGUGGGGGCUUGCAAUCCCCCUUGCACUGGAAACAAGGUGUGUCAGAAUUUCAGUGGAGAUCCCGAAUGUGUCUGUGCAGAUGGUUUUAGUGGUGAAGACAAUUGUACAGAUAUCGAUGAAUGUGCUGAUGACGAAAACGACUGUGACACUAAUGCGCUGUGUACCAACACUGAGGGGUCAUACAUUUGUCGCUGUCUAAGAGGAUAUGAAGGCGAUGGUAGAAACUGUGUAGCCAUCACGCCAAGCUGUUCUCCAUCAUGUGGUGCGAAUGCGUUCUGCCAGGAAGGUGUUUGUGUUUGUAAUGUUGGUUACCUAGGUGACGGAUACAACUGCACAGAUGCUGAUGAAUGUGCAAGUCCUGAAACAAACAGUUGUCACUCAAACGCCAUGUGUACCAACUCUGAGGGCUCUUAUGUUUGUCGCUGUCUAAAAGGAUACGGUGGAGAUGGGAGAAACUGUACAGAUAUUGAUGAGUGCGGAACUCCGGCGACAAUCGAAUGUGAUCCAAACUCCAUGUGCACCAACACGGAAGGCUCGUAUGUCUGUCGCUGUUUUAAAGGAUAUGAGGGUGAUGGACGGACAUGUACAGACGUUGAUGAAUGUGCGAGCCCCGAAUUAAACGAGUGUGAUCCCAACGCCAUGUGUACUAACACUGAAGGAUCCUAUGUCUGUCGCUGUAUAAAGAAUUUCGAGGGUGAUGGUAGAAACUGCACAGACAUUGAUGAAUGUUCAAGUCCUGAAACAAACGAUUGUGACCUAAACGCUAUGUGUACCAACAUUGAAGGAUCGUAUAUUUGUCGCUGUAAAAGGGGUUAUUUUGGUGAUGGUGCAAACUGCGCAGAUUUUGACGAGUGUGCAAGUCCUGAAACGAAUGAAUGUGACCCCAAUGCUCUGUGUACCAACACUGAAGGAUCUUAUGUUUGUCGCUGUGUAAAAGGCUACCAGGGUGAUGGAACAAACUGCACAGCUGUUUCACUUGGUUGUUCGCCAUCUUGUGGUCCAAACGCUCUUUGCCAGGAAGACACUGGAGCCCCUGUGUGUGUGUGUAAUGUUGGUUACCAAGGUGAUGGAUACAACUGCACAGAUUCCAGUGAGUGCGAUAAUUCCGAGAGUAACAGUUGUGACCCCAACGCCCUGUGUACCAACACUGAAGGAUCGUACAUCUGUCGAUGUACCCGAGGGUACGAAGGAGAUGGUAGGAUCUGCACAGACAUUGAUGAAUGCGCUAAUUCUGAUGAAAAUGACUGUCACCUCAACGCCAUGUGUACGAACACUGAAGGAUCUUAUGUUUGUCGUUGUAAAAAGGGAUAUACUGGAGAUGGUAGAAACUGCACAGAUCUUAAUGAAUGUGCGGGCCCAAAUGAAUGUGACCUCAAUGCCUUGUGCACCAAUACAGAGGGCUCUUACGUCUGUAGAUGUGGAAAAGGUUUCGAGGGCGAUGGAAGAAAUUGUACAGCUGUUAUACCCGGUUGUUCCCCAACUUGUGGUCCAAACUCUUUCUGCCAGGAAGACGCUGGAGCCCCUUCGUGCAUUUGUAAAGUAGGUUACCAAGGUGACGGAUACAACUGCACAGAUCUUGAUGAGUGCGAGACUUCUGAGGAUAAUGAAUGUGAUCCUAAUGCCCUGUGUACUAACACCGAUGGCUCUUAUAUUUGUCGCUGCACACGAGGUUACGGAGGAGAUGGCAGAGUGUGCAUUGAUGCCGAUGAAUGCGCAAGUUCUGAAACAAACGAAUGUCACCUAAACGCCGUAUGUACCAACACUGAAGGAUCGUACGUCUGUCGCUGUAAGAAGGGGUAUAGUGGGAAUGGUAAAAACUGCACAGCUGUUAUACCUGGUUGUUCCCCAUCCUGUGGUCCAAAUGCUUUCUGCAGUGAAGACGCUGGUCUCCCUGCCUGUGCUUGUGAUAAUGGUUUCCAAGGCGACGGAUACAACUGCACAGAUCUCAAUGAGUGCGAAGACAUCGAGGGCAACGAAUGUGACCCUAACGCGAUAUGUACCAAUACCGAAGGAGCUUACAUUUGUCGCUGUAUUCGUGGUUACGAAGGAGACGGCAGGAUCUGUGCAGACGUCGAUGAAUGCGCAAGUCCUGAAACAAACCAAUCGGGAAAUCCCUAG